AACACGUUGGCUUGACGUGAAAACAGAUGACAAUGAUGUAGAAACCCGUGUUGUAUUUUGUACUUGCGUGCGACAAUGUAAAUACACGUUCCCCGGACCACUACUGAAAAUGCAAAAAAAUUGUGAUAUAGUUCGUGUGUUUUAAUGACUUAUUGAUAAACUUAUAUGGAGACUGUUGUGUUUAUUGGAUAACCAGCGCGAUUUGUAUUGUAAAUGCAGUAUCGAACUACAGUUACCUCGUUAGUAAUUGGAGAGUGAUUUGUUAAACUUUUCAAGAGAAAGAAAAGAAAAUGGAUAUCACGUCGUUAUUUAAAGCCUGCGUCAAAACUGUACGGACAAAAAAUAAAGCGUUUGGAAUAGCCAUUGACAAGUCACGAAUUUUGCCUCGGCAUUCAGAGAAGAGCGAUUUUACAAUUAAGGUGAAGGAGCUGAUGGAACAAAUCACGCGCUUAAGACUUUUCUUGUUGAAACACAGAAAAGCAUACUUAAAUUUUACGAGUCAUUUAUGCGAUUCGCCAAGAAUGACGGAUGAGGAGCGUGAUGAGAUCGAGGUUGGUGCCGAACGCAUCAUUGGCAACUCUUCAUACCUGAUCACCAAACUGAAACGCGAGUGGAAAAACAAUGUUGGUCCAUCGCAGUUAAUGGAACAUCACCGAAUCGCGUUAGACCUAGUGGAAACAUACUUGAAGGCUGUGUGUGAGAUUUACUCUGAACAGAAGCUUAUGAGGGUCCGACGGACAGUGGAACACAAGAAACUGUCAAGAUUGGAACCAGAACGUGUGUUUACCUCUCCCAUAACAUCAGCUUCAUAUUCACUAGUGCGGACACAGCUAUCAGAUGACACAGAGUCAGCACAAGCACGUGAUCUUGCAACACCCAUUGAGAGCAUUAACGAAGAAAGUUUUGAGAACUAUAAUGCUGACCUGAGUGUAGAAGAACUUCAGAUAUUUCAGAGGGAAAACUUGCAACUGUACAAUGAACUAAACACUUUGGCAGAUGAAAUACGGCAAAUUCAGAGCAGAGUAGUGCGGAUUGCAGAGCUCCAGGAUGUGUUUACAGAAAAGGUGCUCCAGCAGGAAGAAGAAAUUGAACGCAUUUCAACAACUGUGAUUGGGUCUACAGAGAAUGUGAAGGAAGGAAAUGAACAACUACAUCAGCUCAUGCAAAGGAGUGCAGGUCUUCGUGCAUGGGCACUGUUCUUUUUCAUUGUCAUGUCCUUCUCCCUGUUGUUUCUGCACUGGUACCAUGACUGACUAUUGUUGCUAUUCUAUGAGUUUAUUGCGGUUUGGCACCUGGACAGGAAGAAGCAUGGAAGAUGUGUGGUAUAUUUCACCCUUUAUUCAAGGAAGAUUGCAUACCAUCUACACACUUUCAUCAUACGAAAUGUUAAUAAUUCAUGAAACCAAUACUGAUGUUUACAAAUAUAUGCAUUUGAAUACCUCAUGUUUAUAUUCUGUAUGUCAAGAAGCUGUUACUUAUUUCUCAGUGCGUAUAUAUUUUGUGGUAACAAUGCUCAAAUUUGUGGUUCUUCUAUUUUGAAAUGACACUUGGUGUUUGUCUUGGUUUUAUACUUGUGGAAUUACUGAAUAAUUCAUUUUGAAGAAAUGUACAUUUUUGGAGCCUAACUUUUGCUGUUUUUUCUAAAUACUUAUUCAGUAUUCUGUGCUUUCGGUAAUUUUCUGUUUGUCUUUUUACACUGUAUUACACCAGUUACAAGGACAACCUCUUAAAUAAAAGUGUUAACUCAUGAGAUGUUAUAGGCCACAACAGUAUCAAUGAAUUAAUAAUAAUAAUAAUAAUAAUAAUAAUAAUACUAAUAAUGGAAGAAACUGAAGCAUAUUUAUGUUCCAGAUGUUAAUCUUUCUGAUCAGAAAAUGUAAUUCAUUUAAGCCUCUGCUUCUCUGUAAUUCAAUGCCUUUCUCGUAUUGUGCGGAACAUGUACCUGACAGCUUAAGAGUAUUGUUUAUGUCUGAAAUAAUCACCAGUGGUGGCUUCUUAGUCUCAUAACAAACAUAAUCUACAUCAUUUGAUUCAGGUACAGGAGACAUGUCAAAACUGUGGUAAAGUUUCACUAUAAACAUAGAAUAGCUGAUGUUAACAAACAGCAUCAUAAUAAAGUUUUAAACAUGGCUGCGUGAUCAGCGACCGUUUACAAAUUAAUGUUAAAGCAAUUACAGUCCUCGGUCACAAAAAUUAAGUAUUUUGACCUGGUUUCGGCACCUCUGUGAGUGCCUUCGUCAGAAAUUAAACAUUCAAAUUGGCCUACAAAAGAAGUACAAAAUUAUGGGAAAAAAAUUUUUUAUAUAAAAUUGUAAGUACUGACUGACAGUACAAGAAAGAAACAGUACUUACAUGUCACGUAUAAAAUAAAUAUCAAGCGACAAAGCUUUAGUCACAAAAUGUUUUAAAGUAAAAUGCGUGGAAAGCAAGCCACUAUGGGCUGCUUGUAUAUGUCGAGCUACAGGUAGCAUCAGACUGAGGCGCCCGAGUUAACAACUGUGUGCAGGUGAACAUUGCACCAAGAGUGUCAUCUAGUAGCCCCAAGUACAAACUGGCUACUUAACAUUCAAAUGAAAAGACAAAUAUUAUGAUGAACAUUAUUCAGUACAUGAAGUAAAAGACAAUAUUUUGUUUGACAGCAGCAGACAAGGUAACAUUUUGCCUACAUCAGAGCUUAGAAGUACAGUUUAAAGGAUGAAAACACCAUUAUAUAAAAUACAAAGAGGGUUGAAUGACACAGCCCGUAGAAAAAAAAUAUAACAUGAAAUGCAGCCAAUAUAAACCAUUUAAUAAAUGAAAAAUUAUGAGUCAACAUAGAUAGAAAAUACAUUUCGGUAACUGCACGAGGAAACCUGAAAUCAGAUAUCAAGUAAUGACUUUAUACUGUAGAAGAAGUUUUUAAUACAUAAUUGUAGCUGCUCAUUGAGAAAGAGGCUACCAUUUUGAGAAAAGUGUUUAAAAAUUUCUAAUUCUUCUAGUAUAUCUAAUGUAUGCCCUUUCCUCUCGGUGUGCAAAAUGUUGAUAUUGUGAACAGAUUUAGGCACGUGACCUGUAAUCAAAAGGUGGUCUGCAAAAGACAAAUUUUGGAUGCUAGUGUCAUUUUUUCUUAAAAGAUGUUCUGUAUAUCUGGUUGUAAAGGCACACCCUGUUUGUCCUAUGUAGUAAGAGCAGCAUGUGUUGCGAAAAGUCUUAUAGAUGCCAGAGUUUUCCAAAGGGGAACGAGUCGAUUUUAAAUUGCAGUUGCUAAUGCGGGCACCUCAGUCUGUUGCUACCUGUGGCUUGACAUGUACGAGUAGCCAAUAGUGGCUCAUCUCCCAUGUAUUAUUUUUUUAAAAAAAAUGUUGUGACUAAAGUUUUAUCACUUGAUAUUUAUUUUAUAUGUGACAUGGAAGUACUGUUUCUUUCUUGUACCGUUAGUCAGUACUUACACUUUUAUUUUUAAAAAAUUCCUAUAAUUUUGUACUUAUGUUACAGGCCAAUUUGAAUGUUUAAUUUCUGAUGAAGGCACUCAUAGAAGUGCCGAAACCAGGUCAACAGACUUAAUUUUUGCGAUCGAGGGCUGUAAUUGCUUUAACUUAAAUAUAGCAUAAUAUAAUAAUAAUAAUACAGUUUUGUUAUAUAUAUACACAAUAAAAUCUAAAACUUAAUUAUCCCUUGCUCAAAUUAUCAUUGCAUCCUCUAUCAAUUGUUCUCUUGAAUAGUAGCAUUUCUCCCACAGAAUCUGUUGUAACCUUGUUUUUAGAAUCUUUGGUUUCAUGUUAAAUAUGUUUUUAUCCAUUAACUUGUUAUAUAUUGUCAUCCCCAUAUACUGUGGAGUCCAUGCAUAUAAUUUCAGUUGGUCUAUUGGCAGCAUAAAAUGAUUUUUAUUUCUCAUGUUAA